GUAAUCAAAGAAACCAAAAUGAGAUCCAUAUCAUUUAACCUAAUUAUCACUUUUUAUAUAUACCCUCAUAAAUCAAAUCACACCAAUUUGUGCAUCAAACAAUUUACUAUUUUUCAGAUCGUAUGCGACACCGUCAAAACAUUAAAAAUUCUCAAAGGUUUGCAGAAUGAAUCAACAGAACAUAUCAAAGACACCAGAUCUCCUAGUGAAGCGUAAGCGCGGUCGUCCACGCAAGGAUGAGAGCAUAGCGAGAAACGUAAAACAACAUACUCAACCACCUCUAGCUAUGGCGGCACCACAACCGCCACCACAAGUAGCCACUAUCUUUCCCGCUAGCAACAAUGCGAGUAAGGUUGACCCUAACAUGGUAGGACAAGUUGUUACAUGUGUGAUUGAUGGUAUCUUUGACAACGGGUACCUCCUAUCCGCCUGCGUGGGUCCCAAUAACACGGUCCUUCGUGGCAUUGUGUUCCAACAAGGUCACGUUGCUCCCGUUACGCCUGCGAAUGACGUGGCGCCACACGUUGAAAUGUGCACAAGAGGUGAAUUUCCAAUCCCGCCCUCGAAUCCAGGAACCUCGAUACAAAUUUCUACUCCUGAAUUACCAAAACAGCCUGCACAGCCCGUGGCAAUGCAAAAUUACCAAAAUACCCCUGUUAUGGUGACAGGAGGAAGUAGCAGUUCACUACAACAGGAAAGUUUAACGAUGAUCCAGCAAAACAAUCUAAUGGAUGUUUUUGAGAUGUCUAAAACGGUUGAAGGGUCGCAAGCUUGUGAUCAAAGGGCUAGGAACGAGCAUGUGGUAUCUGAUCCAACGGCUGAGAAUUUCCCUGAAAGAGAGACUGUUGUCCCCAAGGCUACUGAGCUCGAACCAGUGGUCAACGAGCAGCCCGAAGGUGAAAAGCCCGAGGUUAUAACUCCUGUAGAAACCGUUGUGGAGAAUCAACCAUCAAUGGCAAAUGACGGGCUGCAGCAAGAAAGUCAAGCGCAAACAGGCGAAAUGAGCGGCAUUGAUGCAAAUCAAGUGCAGAAUCGAGAAAUAGGUGUGGAUCUUUCUCUGAGCAACUUUCCUGAAAUCUGAAUCGAGUGAGCAGCAUCAAGAACAGUCUUUUUUUUAUCUUUGUUUUGACCAAAUUUUGUUAAUUGCUUUCGACGUUCUUACAAUCGAGUUUAUGCGCAUGAAUAUUGUUAAUGUCAGUUUUUAAUGAGUUUUUUUGGUAUGUGCUC